CAAAUAAAUAUUCAGUCUCAGUUGCCUUCCUGUGAGCAUCACAACCUGCAGCACGAAAGAAAUGAUGGGAGAUCCCUCAGUGGUGGAUCAGCUGACACGACUGAAACUCAAACUCCUAGAAAAGAGACUAGAAAAUGAACAGGACAACCUAGAGAAGAUGGAUUUGUCUCUUCCAGCUGCAAGGAACAGACCUCAGGACCUGCUCCAAAGUGCCCUGAGCCAAAGGAAAAAUCUGCUGCAGGAGCUCAGGGAGCAGCACCUUCUGGAAGAGCUUUCACAGCCACCUGCACCAGAUGGGGGACACUGCCAUGACCACAGAGCUGCCCUCCCACAAAUCUACCAGAUCCCUUUUCCAGCUUCCCCAGUGGAGCCCCCGAGGAUCAUCCAGCAGACAAUGCCAGCUCAGCCUGCCACCAUCAUCCAGCAGCUGCCUCAGCCCUCCCCUCUGAUCACACAGGUUCCCCCAGCCCAGCCCUUUGCAGCCCCCCGCUCUGGGAGCAUAAAGGAAGACAUGGUGGAGAUGAUGCUGAUGCAGAAUGCUCAGAUGCACCAGAUCAUGAUGCAGAACAUGAUGCUGAAGGCUCUGCCACCAGCACUGCUCACACAGCUUGGGGGGGCAAUGGCUCCUCUGCCCCAGCAGGACCUGCAGCUUGCUGCCCCCCUGGCUGUGAAGGCAGAGAGGCCCAAGGUACCUGUGGUGCACCACCACCACCAUUACCCUCCCACGGGGGUGUUCCCAGUGCCCCCCAGCACAGAACAGCCCUGGACUGGCCCCUCUGCCCAGCCUCUGUAA